AUUGUGUGGUCCAAAUAUAUGAAGAAGAGUAUUUUUUUCUCCCUUUUUCUUAGUUUUCAUGGUAUCAGAGCGCUACCAUCAAGGUUAGGGUCUCUAUCCGCUGCCAGAAAAUUCAUUAGUCAUCAUUCGGUUCAUCUGGUUCUGUAUAGGACAUAUCUGUGUUCUAUUCGUCACUCUUGUUUUAAAGAGUUCAGAUCUGUCUUUUUUUGUUUUUCUAUUAAUUCUAAACUCAUGGCAGAACAAAAUCUGUCGUUACGUCUAAUGUGGUUCCUGUGAUGUCUAAGAUCACGGACCACAAACUCAACAAUUCUAACUAUCUUGAUUGGAGCAAAACGGUUCGUCUUUAUCUGCGAAGCAUUGAUAAAGACACUCAUCUGAUUGAUGAUCCUCCAAAAGAUGGUUCAAGACAGACAUGGCUAAGGGAAGAUGCUAGAUUAUUCCUGCAUAUACGGAAUUCUAUUGAAAGUGAGGUAAUUAGCUUAAUUAAUUACUGUGAAUUUGUUAAGAAAUUAAUGGAGUAUUUAGAAUUUUUGAAUUCUGGUAAAGGGAAUAUUUCUCGCAUAUAUGAGGUGUGUCGAGCCUUUUAUCGUGCAGAGAAACAAGAUAAGUCCAUCAUGACUUAUUUUAUGGAUUUUAAGAAAACUUAUGAGGAGCUUAAUCUGUUAUUACCGUUUAGUUCUGAUGUGAAAGUUCAGCAAACUCAACGGGAACAGAUGGCAAUUAUGAGUUUUUUGGCUGGUCUUUCACCUGAAUUUGAAGCUGCUAAAUCUCAAAUUCUUUCCAAUCCUGAGAUCUCAUCCUUGCAAAAUGUGUUUAGUAGGAUGCUUCGCACAGAGAAUACCCAGUCUGUUCAGUCCAGCAGUGCUCUUGUUGGUCUUGGAAAACAGCAAUACAAAGGUGGUGGUAAAGGAAUUGACACUCGGGGAUAGAAUGCAGAAGUGGUUGUGUGUCACUAUUGUCAUAAGCCGGGUCAUAUGAAGCGUGAUUGUAAGAAAUUGUAGUACAGGAACCAGAGAACUCAAUCCACACAUAUUGCUUCUACCAAUGUUGCUAUUAACCAUGAAAAGUCUGUUACGAUCUCUGCAGAUGAAUUUGCUAAAUUUUCUCAGUAUCAAGAAUCAUUAAAGUCUUCAUCUACUCCCGUAACUGCCAUCGCUGAGUCAGGUAAACCAAACACAUGCCUUGUGUUCUCGUCCUCCAAAUGGGUAAUUAAUUCUGGUGCCACAAAUCAUAUGACAGGUAAUUCUAGUCUAUUUUCUACCUUUCAGUCACACACAUCUGCACCUACAGUUACCUUAGCUGAUGGGUCAAAAUCUCGUGUUCUUGGAUCAGGCUUAGUUAACCCCACUCCAUUAAUCUCAUUGUCAUCUGUCUUUAAGUUUUGCCUGAGUUGUCUUUUAAUCUAAUUUCUGUGAGCAAACUUACUCGUGCCCUCAAUUGUUCUGCCCAAUUCUUUCCUGACUAUUGCUUGUUUCAGGAUCUUACGACGAAGCAGAUUAUUGGUAAAGGACAUGAAUCUGGAGGUCUUUACAUUCUUGACACAUAGAUACCAAAGUCCAUAGCUUGUUCUGGAAUUGUAACUCCAUUCGAAGCACAUUGUAGGUUGGGUCAUCCUUCUCUCCCGUUGUUAAAGAUACUUUGUCCACAAUUUCAGAGUUUGUCUUUAUUAGAUUGUGAGUCUUGUCAGUUUGCUAAACAUCACCGUGUUAAUCUGAGUCCUAGAGUCAAUAAACGAGCGGAUGCUCCUUUUGCAUUAGUUCAUUCAAAUGUCUGGGGACCUAGUCCAGUCAUUUCUAAAACUGGAUUCAAGUAUUUUGUUACUUUUAUCGAUGACCAUUCUCAUAUGACUUGGUUAUAUUUGAUGAAAAAUCGGUCAGAGUUGUUUUCUCAUUUUUGUGCUUUUUGUGCUGAGGUUAAGACCCAAUUUAAGCGUUCUGUACAAAUAUUGCGAAGUGACAAUGCCAAAGAAUAUUUAUUCGCACCUUUUCAAUCUUAUAUGGUGCAAAAUGGCAUUAUUCAUCAAACCUCUUGUGUGGAUACACCAUCCCAAAACGGGGUUGCAGAAUGAAAGAAUAGACAUUUGCUCGAAACUGCAAGAGCCUUAUCAUUUCAAAUGCAUGUUCCUAAACAUUUUUGGGCUGAUGCAGUGUCCACAACUUGCUUUCUAAUUAAUCGUCUACCUUCAUCUGUUCUGAAUGGUGGGACUCCUUUUAAUACUCUUUUUCCAAAUAGACCUUUGUUUCCCAUCGAACUUAAAAUCUUUGAGUGUACAUGUUUUGUCCGUGACUCUCGUCCCCAAGUCACCAAAUUAGACCCCAAAUCAUUGAAAUGUAUUUUUCUUGGUUAUUCCCAUGUCCAAAAAGGAUAUAGAUGUUAUUGCCCUAAUCUCGGCAGGUACAUUGUGUCAGUUGAUGUUACUUUUCUUGAAAAUACACCUUUUACCAUCCCCAUCUCAUUCAUGUCAGGAGGAUGAUGAUUUGUUAAUCUAUACUAUCACAUCCUCAAGUUCUUUCCCUGCUAAACCUCCAAUUACUCAAAUAUAUUCUCGACGACAAAAGUCUCCUGAUGCAUGCCCUGAACCAGUUCCUUCGUUACUAGAUCCUGUCUCAAGUGAUGAUCUUCCUAUUGCUCUUCGCAAAGGUAAGCGACAAUGCACUUAUCCUGUGUCUUCGUGUGUAUCUUAUAAUCAUUUACUCACCUCUUCUUGUUCCUUUAUUACAUCUAUUGAUUCUAUCUCCCUUCCUAAAACUGUUCAUGAAGCCCUAUCCCAUCCCGGAUGGCGCAAUGCUAUGAUAGAGGAGAUGAAUGCUCUAGAUGGUAAUGAUACUUGGAACUUAGUAAAUUUACCUGCAGGGAAGAAGGCCAUUGGGAGAAGUGGGUUUUUGCAAUUAAAUUCAAUUCUGAUGGGUCGGUUGCUCGGUUGAAAUCUCGCCUUGUUGCCAAAGGCUAUGCCCAAAUCUACAGAGAGGAUUAUUUUAACACUUUUUCCCCUGUUGCUAAGUUAACAUCUGUCAGGUUAUUCAUUUCUAUGGCAGCCACUCAUAAUUGGCCUUUGCAUCAACUAGAUAUCAAGAAUGCCUUUCUUCAUGGAGACCUCCAAGAGGAAGUUUAUAUGGAGCAACCACCAGGGUUUGUUGCUUAGGAGGAGUCUGGGAAGGUUUGUCAUCUUCGGAAGUCCUUGUAUGGACUGAAACAAAGUCCUCGUGCUUGGUUUGGAAAAUUUAGUCUAGCAGUUGAAAGAUUUGGGAUGCAGAAAAGCAAAUCUGAUCAUUCUGUUUUCUACAAACAGUCUGAAACUGGGUAUUAUUUUGUUGGUAGUAUAUGUGGAUGAUAUUGUUAUCACUGGGAAUGAUGCUACAGGUAUUUUAU